UCUGAAUUGACGGAAUUAACAGAGAGAUUUUUUCAGAGUUUAGGUUUAUGAUUAACUAUGUUAAAGGAGCGAAACCAACCAACAUUUCAGGACAAAUGGCCGACUAUGCGCCCAACUAUCUUGAAGCUUUUGCGCCAGGAAUCAGUUCCAAGAGCUGAGUGGCAGGAACUGUUCUGGUCGGUUCACAGUCUCUGUGUAUGGGAUGAUAAAAGUCCACCUAAAAUUUUUGCUGCUCUAAGAGAAGAUAUUCUUGUGUUUAUAAACCAGGCUCAAGAACGGGUACUGACCCAUCAGGAGGAUCAGGCUCUACUGAAGGCGUAUAUCGCCGAGUGGAGAAAAUUCUUCACUCAGUGCAAUUUGAACGGCGAUUCUGCGAUGAAGUUGGUUCACGCGGAGAGGAACGGUGAGGCGUUCGAUUCCCAACUGGUGAUUGGAGUCAGGGAGUCCUACGUUAACCUGUGUAGUAGUGCAGAGGAUAAACAUAAGAUUUAUAAGGAGAACUUUGAGAGAGCUUACAUCUUAGCCACAGAAGCAUUCUACAAAGUCCAAGCACCAGAGCAGUUGAAUGUGAACGGUGUACACCUAUACAUGAAGUAUGCUGAUACUAAGCUACGCGAGGAGGAGCUACGAGCACACAAAUAUCUAGAGAGCUGUGCAGGAAGCGUCCAGAAUCUGAUAGAUUCCUGCGUCAGUGUACUGGUGACAGCGUUUAAGGAAACUAUUCUGGCUGAGUGUGCUGACAUGAUACGCUCCAACGAGACCACCAAGCUGCUUCAAAUGUAUAAGUUAAUGGACCGUGUUCCUGAUGGAGAGGGAAUUGAUCCGAUGUUAACUGUUUUGGAGACCCACAUAUAUCAGGCCGGUUUAGCUGAUAUGGUCGCGUCAGCUGAAGCUAUAACUGCUGACAGUGAGAAGUAUGUUGAGCAGCUUUUAAAUCUUUUCAGACGAUUCAGUCUUCUUGUCAGCCAGGGUUUCAAAGAUGACCCCCGGUUCCUGACUGCUCGAGACAAGGCAUAUAAAAGGGUUGUGAACGAUACCUCAAUAUUCAGGUUGGAUUUACCGAAUAAGUCUGGAGUGUACAGCAAGACCCAGCCAGAGUCUAAAUGUCCUGAACUCCUGGCAAACUACUGUGAUAUGUUACUCAGGAAAACUCCACUUUCAAAGAGGUUGACAAGUGACGAGGUUGAAUCUAAGCUCCGUGAUGUCCUACUGGUGUUGAAGUAUGUUCAGAACAAGGAUGUGUUUAUGCGUUAUCACAAGGCGCACUUAACCCGUCGUUUGAUCCUGGACACAAGUGCAGACAGUGAGAAGGAGGAGAAUAUGGUGGAGUGGUUGAGAGAGGUUGGAAUGCCGGCAGAUUUUAUCAACAAACUCUCUAGAAUGUUCCAGGAUAUAAAAGUGAGCGAGGAUCUGAACAACGAAUUCAAAGAUUUUCGUAAAUCCAAUAAUCCAGACGUACAUACAGACUCACUUUCUAUCAAGAUUCUAAAUAUUGGUGCCUGGGCCCGGGGGAGUGAACGAGUUCCUGUCAGUUUACCCAGAGAUCUAGAGGACUACAUACCAGAGGUUGAAGAGUUCUAUAAGAGUAAACACAGUGGACGGAAGCUAAAGUGGCAUCAUCAUAUGUCUAAUGGUACUCUUACCUUUGUUAACAAGACUGGCAAAUUUGACAUUGAGGUUACAACCUUCCAGAUGGCCGUCCUCUACUGCUGGGAAAAUAGAAGGGAGGAUAAAAUAUCUCUUGAGAAUCUCAGAUUAGCUACGGAAUUACCUGACUUGGAAUUAAGAAAAACUCUGUGGUCUCUUGUUGCCUUCCCCAAACUGAAACGACAGGUUUUAUUAUUUGCUCCAGCCUGUAGUAAAUAUACUGAGUGGAAUGAGAACACUCUAUUCUCGGUGAACCAACACUUUGGUCUAGUCAAGAACGGGAAGGUGCAGAAGAGAGGACGGAUAAAUCUCAUCGGACGCUUACAGCUGAGUACUGAGAAAUCGAGAGAGGAAGAUAACGAGGGUAUUCUUCAGCUUAGGAUACUCAGAACUCAGGAGGCAAUCAGGAAAAUUCUCAAGAUGCGAAAAUGCUGUUCGAAUGCUCAAUUACAGACUGAACUAGUAGAUAUACUCAAGAAUAUAAUACCUUUAGAUGCGAUCCUUAAAGAACAGAUAGAAUGGUUGAUUGAGAACAAAUAUAUGAAGAGAGAUGAAACAGAUUUAAAUAUGUUUAUUUACAUUGCAUAGGUCUACUCAAACUUAUAGGUUAAUGAAAUGUACUCAAAGAUAAUACACAAGUAUAGGAUAAAUUGUACAGGACACAGGGUUGAGUAGUGAGUACAGACCUGGGAAUUUAAGAGACUUGAAUGAAACCCACGGAUUUCCUAUUUGGGGGCCUUAACAAUUAUGUAGAUACUAAUUCAAGAAUUAUAAAGUGAUUAGAAAAUACAAAACAAACCAUAUAAAAUAAUAUUUCAAAUUAGAAAAAUUAUAUCUACGAAAUUGUCUUAACCCAUUCACUCAGUUUCACGCCGAUACCCUGUUUACUUUUUUGGGCUCUGGUAUACUAUGUCUACAAUAUGUUUUAUAAAUGAUGUAGAGGCGUAGUGUAUCAACUGUGAACUGUCAGCUUUGUUUACUUUAUAGAUAAAGUACAGAUGAUUUAUAAAAUAUAUAGAGAAUACUGAAUAAACUUUAGAUAGUUCAGGAGAUGAGUAUAGAAUUCAUGCAUAGUACGGAACGGAUGUAGUAUUAAACCUGUAUGAAUUAUGUUAACUAAAGGUUGUAUACACAUUUGUCAGUGUCAUAUUCUAACAAUGAGUACAUUUAUUUAAAUACUUUGAUUCUAAGAUGAAUCUGUUUCUUUACAGUAGUCCAUUCAAUAUAUUUUUCUACUGUCUUGCUCUUUGCUCUUUCUGAGUCGUAAAUUAUUUCAGAAAUAAAUUUGUUUCGGAAAGAUUGAUUGUAUGUACACUAUAUUGCUUCCUAAUGUGAUCAUAACCAAUAUUUUUAUCAGUAUUUUUACACCGAGGCCGGAUAAAAUAGAAAUUUCUAUGAAUUUUCAUUAAUUAACUCUUUCUUUUGCUCGCCUUUUUCUUGUCCAGUUGUACCAGAUAUAGUUCAUAAAUUAUUUAUUAAUUUAUCUCCACAUUUCAGA